AUGGCUGUAUAUGAACCUAGCCCACCGGAUGGCGGGAGAUAUGAACCUAGCCCACCGGAUGGCGGGAGAUAUGAACCUAGCCCACCGGAUGGCGGGAGAUAUGAACCUAGCCCACCGGAUGGCGGGAGAUAUGAACCUAGCCCACCGGAUGGCGGGAGAUAUGAACCUAGCCCACCGAAUGGCUGGAGAUAUGAACCUAGCCCACCGGAUGGCGGGAGAUAUGAACCUAGCCCACCGGAUGGCGGGAGAUAUGAACCUAGCCCACCGGAUGGCGGGAGAUAUGAACCUAGCCCACCGGAUGGCGGGAGAUAUGAACCUAGCCCACCGGAUGGCGGGAGAUAUGAACCUAGCCCACCGGAUGGCGGGAGAUAUGAACCUAGCCCACCGGAUGGCGGGAGAUAUGAACCUAGCCCACCGGAUGGCUGGAGAUAUGAACCUAGCCCACCGGAUGGCAGGAGAUAUGAACCUAGCCCACCGGAUGGCGGGAGAUAUGAACCUAGCCCACCGGAUGGCGGGAGAUAUGAACCUAGCCCACCGGAUGGCGGGAGAUAUGAACCUAGCCCACCGGAUGGCGGGAGAUAUGAACAUAGCCCACCGGAUGGCGGGAGAUAUGAACCUAGCCCACCGGAUGGCGGGAGAUAUGAACCUAGCCCACCGGAUGGCGGGAGAUAUGAACCUAGCCCACCGGAUGGCGGGAGAUAUGAACCUAGCCCACCGGAUGGCGGGAGAUAUGAACCUAGCCCACCGGAUGGCGGGAGAUAUGAACCUAGCCCACCGGAUGGCGGGAGAUAUGAACCUAGCCCACCGGAUGGCGGGAGAUAUGAACAUAGCCCACCGGAUGGCGGGAGAUAUGAACCUAGCCCACCGGAUGGCGGGAGAUAUGAACCUAGCCCACCGGAUGGCGGGAGGUCCUUCUGCAAGCACGAGAAAGUAGCGACAAACCGUGGGUCACCAGUAACACUCAAUGAUUAA